ACUGGAAGCGCAGCAUCCGCCACAAAGGGAAAAGUCUGAAGACGCUUAUGUCCAAGGGGAUUCUGCAGGUGCACCCUCCGAUCUGCGACUGUCCUGGCUGUCGAAUAUCCUCCCCGGUGAACCGGGGCCGGCUGGCUGACAAGCGGACAGUUGCACUGCCACCCGCUCGAGUCCUGAAGAAAGAGCGGACACCCAGCUUCUCUGCCAGUGAUGGUGACAGUGAUGGGAGUGGCCCGGCCAGUGGGCGGCGACCGGGCUUGAAGCAGGAGGGUGACCCCCACAUCCGUGUCAUGAAGAGAAGAGUCCACACCCACUGGGAUGUGAACAUCUCCUUCCGAGAGACAUCCUGCAGCCAGGACAGCAACCUUCCCACCCUCAUAUCCAGUGUCCAUCGUAGCCGCCACCUCGUUAUGCCCGAGCAUCAGAGCCGCUGUGAAUUCCAGAGAGGCAGCGUGGAGAUUGGCCUGGGACCCGCAGGUGACCUGUUGGGCAAGAGGGUGGGCCGCUCCCCCCACAUCAGCAGUGACUGUUCUUCAGAGAAGAAGGCCCGAAGCGAGUCCCCACAAGAGACGCUGUUGCUGCCAGAACUGGGGGCCAGCAUGGCCCCUGAGGACCACUACCGCCGGCUGGUGUCGGCACUGAGUGAGGCCGGCACCUUUGAGGACCCUCAGCGUCUCUACCAUCUGGGCCUCCCUAGCCACGAUCUCCUGAGGGUCCGGCAGGAGGUGGCAGCUGCAGCUUUGAGAAGCCCCAGUGGCCUGGAAGUCCACCUGCCCUCAUCCACAGCAGGUCAACGUCGGAAGCAGGGCCUGGCUCAGCAUCGGGAAGGCGCCGCCCUAACUUCUGCCCCAUCCUUCUCAGAGAGGGAGCUGUCGCAGCCGCCUCCCUUGCUGUCGCCCCAGAAUGCCCCUCACAUCGCCCUGGGUCCCCAUCUCAGGCCCCCCUUUUUGGGGGUGCCCUCGGCUCUGUGCCAGACACCAGGAUACGGCUUCCUACCCCCAGCCCAGGCAGAGAUGUUCGCCCGACAGCAGGAGCUCCUGCGUAAGCAGAACCUGGCCCGCCUGGAGAUGUCAGCUGAGCUGCUGCGACACAAGGAACUGGAGAACUCGCACCGUCCGCAGCUGCUAGCGCCCGAGGCCGCCCCGCGCCCCCAUGAGGGCGCCGAGGAACUGCAUCGGCGCGGGGCCAUGCUAGUGUUGAAACACAGCUCUGCGCCCUUGCUAGCCCUGCCCCCGCAGGGCGCCCCGGGCCCCGGGCCGCCCACCCCACCCCGGGAGUCUGCCCGCAGAGCCCCCAAGAAGGGGGCGCCUGGCUCUGCCUCAUCCCGGCCUAAUGAAUCCAAGGACACGACAGGAGCUGGACUCUGGACACCAGAUGGCUCUGAGGAAGAGCCUCCAAAAGACUCAGAUGGAGAGGACCCGGAGAUGACAGCUACAGGGGGCCAGGGCCCCACUCCAGGCCAAGCCCCAGCUGGAGGAGCCAGUGCUGAGGGGAAGGGGCUUCUUUCCGCACCCACACUGCCCCCUCCACUGCCCUUGGGCUUCCCCUAUGCUGUUAGUCCCUACUUCCACACAGGCGCAGUGGGGGGACUCUUCACGGAUGGGGAGGAGGCCACAGCCCCUGAAGAUGUCAGCAAGUGGACCGUGGACGAUGUCUGCAGCUUCGUGGGGGGCCUGUCUGGCUGUGGAGAGUACGCCAGGGUCUUCAGAGAACAAGGGAUAGAUGGUGAGACUUUGCCACUGUUGACGGAGGAGCACCUGCUGACCACCAUGGGGCUAAAGUUGGGGCCUGCCCUCAAGAUUCGGGCCCAGGUGGCCAAGCGGCUGGGCCGAGUCUUCUACAUGGCCAGCUUCCCUGUGGCUCUGCCACUGCUGCCACCACCAAGCCUGCGGCCUCCUCCGGAGCGGGAGCUCACCACAGGAGAGCCGCCCUUGUCCCCAGCAACAGCCACCCCCCGCUAUGGGGGGGGCCGAGCCUCACCCAAGCAGGAGAACGGGACCAUGGCUCUGCUCCCAGGCGCCCCAGACCCCUCCCAGUCUCUGUGCUGAACUGGCAGGAGCCAAACUCCUCCCCUGCGACAGCCCCUCCCCCACAGCUUAUUUUUCCUUUUGGUUUGGGACACAAAAACACAAA